UGCAAGCCACAUUAAGAGUUAUGGAGAAAGGGGAACACAUUAAAGUGAAGAAAGCCGCAGUUCACAAACUUUUACGAAGGAAAGAUAAAAGUGAAAAAAUUUAUGCAAAGAACUCCUACGAUGCUCCUUCUGUGUGGGUGUAUGCCCGUAACCAUGUUGCUAUGGCAAUUAUAUUGCUGUUUGGGUGGUUGAGGGACUUUAUGAACCGGCAUGUGUUUUAUACCGAGCCCAGUGUAUGUGAGAGGGAGGACAUGAAAGAUUUCGUUCCUUUGUACACAACGUUUGAAAGAUUCUUUGUCAGGCACGUCAUAGAGAGAGGAUAUGACGUAUUACACAGGCCUGUAUGUACAGUGCCAGGUGCUUUGAUUGACAUCAGGGAGAGGGAUUUUUCAAGCAGUGGAAAGUUUUUGGGUUAUACUGGUAAAGUGUUCCGGAACAUUGUGAACUUGGGUUCAUAUAACUACCUGGGGUUUGCUGAGAAUGAAGGAACAUGUGCAGAUGCCGCUGUGGAUGCAGUGGCCAAGCUUGGGGUCGGGGUUUGUAGCAGUAGAUUCGAAGUUGGAAAUCACGAGAUUCAUAAUAAGUUAGAGAAAAAAAUGGCCGAGUUUUUGGGAGUUGAGGAUUGCUUGACGUUUGGAAUGGGAUUCGCAACUAAUUCGAUGAAUAUUCCGUGUUUUGUUGGUAAGGGGUGUUUAGUGAUCAGUGAUGCAUGCAACCACGCUUCACUUGCCAUCGGGUGCAAGAUAUCAGGUGCGACGAUCCGUGUGUUCAAACAUAACGAUACAGAAGACUUGGAGAGGAUUCUGCGCGAUUCAAUCGUUGGGGGAAGACCAAGGACUCAUCGACCAUGGAGGAAAAUAUUGAUCCUUGUGGAAGGAAUCUACAGCAUGGAAGGCACCAUUGUUAAUCUACCAGAGGUUGUGAGGCUGAAGAAGAAAUAUAAAGCAUUCGUUUACCUCGAUGAGGCUCACAGUAUUGGGUCGCUAGGUCCUAACGCUAGAGGCGUUACUGAUUAUUUCAACAUUGAUCCUUCAGAGAUUGACAUUUUGAUGGGAACAUUCACCAAGAGCUUUGGUGCCUCCGGUGGUUAUAUUGCAGGCAGUCGUGAGUGAUUGAACAUCUUCGAGCAAACUCCCAUUCAGCCUGUUAUGCUGUUUCUAUGUCGCCCCCCGUCGCACAACAAGCACUCACAAGCCUCGAACUUAUGAUGUCACAAGAAGGCAAACAACGAAUCACGAAACUUGCGGAAAAUACAAAACAUUUUCGUCAAAAACUCCGGACUUUUGGAUUCAUAGUUUACGGGCACGAAGAUUCCCCUGUGAUCCCCCUGCUUGCCUACCUUCCCACUCAUAUUGCUUGUUUCUCACGUGAGAUGCUCUAUCGUGGGUUCGGAGUUGUGGUUGCUGGAUUUCCAUCUACACCACUAGGGGAGUCAAGAGUCAGGUUCUGUGUCUCUUCGGCGUUAAGCGAGGAUCAAAUAAAUAAAGCUCUGGAAGCGAUAAGUGACAUCGGAGAUUUGCUGAGAUUGAAAAUUUCAAGCAAAGUUAAAAACAUGGAUUGAUUUGAGACAAUAUGGAUGCUGGACUUAGUUAUAAUUAUACAUAUACGUAUUAUAGUAUAUCAUAUAUACUGUAUAUGCGCAUUGUACAUAAGUUAUAUUGCAUGGUUGAACACACAGUCAUACACCUAUGGUUAGACAUUUAGAUGUGGUUAGGUAAUUAUAUACACAUUAUAAAUAUAGUAUUAUUAGUAUAAGCCUAUGUCCUACAGUUAGUUAAAUGCAGUGUUACUUACUAUAGUUAGACACAUGAUGGUGUUAAAUGGAUUCCAGCGCUGCCCAGUGUCCACCCUGCCACCCCAAUUUUUUUUCGCCUGUAGUUAGAACAUUAAACUUUUCGUUUUGUUUGGAUUAUUAGUUAAAAUAUUUUGUGUUAUUUUGUGUUAAACUUUAAGUUACAUUUGAAAAAAAGAGUGUUGUUGUUGUAUAAUUUUGUGUAAAACUUAAAAGUUAUGUGUUAAAUUUGAUAAAAUGUUAAAUUUGUUACAGGUGUUUAUUAAUUUUGUAAAUAUGGCGCACAAAAUUGAACGAAAAUUACUGGCUCACAUCACCAAGAAAUAUCCCCAACCAUUAUGUGAAAUGUUCAAAACCAAACCAAACAUCACACUUAACAUGCGGACGAGAAACAAAGAAGAAAAAAAAUUAUUUCAAAUAUUAUCACAGUUACCAUCGUGGGGGGUGGGUAGACUGUUCACAACAUGCGAUGACAUCAUACAUUCUGCACCAACAUUCUGGAGAAUCACGAGAGUUCAUGCGGAUUUAAAAUCACCAAACAUGGAAUACGGGAUCGCUUGGGGAAUCAAAACAUUAAAUGGAAGAAAUGAAGGUUAUGAGAAGGAAAUACAAGAUGGAAAUGAAAACUUAUGGAGGUUAAUCCCAAGACAUGAAGAGGAAUCUUACCUAGAAUACGAACCUCAAUCCGCUGAAACUCAUCAAGUUCCAUUAUACGUACCAAUGCCACCACUAAUGGCUAUGUUGGAGUCACAGAAUGAUAAGUGUGGGGAAGACCAAGAACCGAUGAUAAAACUUUUAAUUAAACGAGGAAUUCACGCGAACCAACGUCAAAAACUUCCAGAUGGAUCCGUAAUAUGAUAUCUAUGUUCAUUUGUAACGAGUUAUCCUUAAUAAUGUUCAAUAAACACUUGUACAACAAACUA